CUGAUGUUGAUAUCUAUAAUUCUGUACGACCUACUGCUGGAAUUCCUAAAGAUACUUUAGCUUUAUUAUCUUAUGAUAUAAUAAUUGAAUAUUUAGAGAAAGCUUUUGCAAAUUGUCUAGCACUUUUUACAAAUGCUAAACAAUAA